AUGAGCCUGGCUUGGAGCGCUGGCCGUGCCUGGAGUCGGCGAUGCCUCUCACAAGCGUCCAGCUUCCUCACACCGAGGAUAUACGCAAACCUCCGUCGAUACGCCACGAAGCCUACGCCCGCUGAACUCGAAGCCCGAAUCGCCGCCAUACCCAUAGAACGUUACCGUAAUUUCUGUAUCGUGGCGCAUAUUGACCAUGGGAAGAGUACGCUGAGCGAUCGGUUGUUGGAGUACACUGGUACGAUAUCAGCCAGCGAUGCGAAUAAGCAGAUUCUGGAUAAGCUCGAUGUUGAGCGGGAGCGAGGUAUUACCGUCAAGGCGCAGACGGUAUCGUAUGCUAGUUGUGGUGGAGCAUUGCUUCUCGUGGAUGCAUCGCAGGGUAUUCAGGCACAGACUGUGUCAAACUUCCAUCUCGCGUUUGCGCAGGAUCUGGCUCUUGUUCCAGUGGUCAAUAAGAUUGACAUGCCAGCUGCAGAUGUACCGCGGGUGCUACAGCAGAUGAAGGACAGUUUUGAGCUUGAUCCCAAAGACGCUAUUAUGCUGAGCGCGAAGACGGGAAAGGGCGUACCGGAUGUUUUGCCCGCUGUGAUUGAGAGGAUCCCUCAUCCUGUUGGAGACGAGAAGAAGCCGCUCAAGAUGAUGUUGGUGGACUCAUGGUACGAUAACUUCCGUGGUGUAGUGCUGCUGGUGAGACUAUUCGACGGCACGAUCAAAGCAGGCGAUAACGUUGUUUCUUUGGGGACGGGGAUGAAGUAUACUGUUGGACAGGUUGGCAUUCAGUACCCGCAUGCCAUACCCCAGGCGACUCUCAGCGCAGGACAAGUCGGCUACGUGUACUUCAACCCGGGCAUGAAGAAGAUCCAAGACGCCAAACUGGGCGACACAUUCACAUUCGUCGGGUCCGAAGAAAAAGUCGAGCCGUAUCCUGGCUUCGAGGAGCCCAAGCCCAUGGUCUUCGUGGCAGCGUUCCCCACUGAUCAGAGCGACUACAGUCGUUUGGCAGAUAGUAUUGGGCAGCUCGUCCUCAACGACCGAAGUGUGACGCUGCAGAAGGAUCACUCUGAAGCGCUCGGUGCGGGCUGGCGCUUAGGCUUCCUGGGGAGUUUGCACUGUUCUGUGUUCCAAGAUCGGUUGAGGCAGGAACAUGGCAAGAGUGUUAUUUUGACGGAGCCGACUGUGCCGUCGAAGAUUAUUUGGCCUGAUGGAUCGGAGGAGAUAGUGUCGAAUCCGGCGCUGUUUCCGGAGACGAGCAAUCCCAAGGUGAAGCAGUCGCAGCUAUUCGAGCCAUAUGUCACUGCGACAGUCACCAUGCCGGAGGAAUAUCUCGGUCGUGUGAUUGAGCUCUGCGAAGCGAAUCGUGGAGAACAGAAGAGUCUAGAGUUCUUCCAUACAACACAGGUUAUUCUACAAUAUGAGAUCCCAACGGCUCAAUUAGUCGAUGACUUGUUUGGCAAGCUCAAGAGCGUAACUAAGGGAUACGCGACAUUGGAUUAUGAAGAUGCCGGUUGGCGGGAGAGUAACCUCGUCAAGUUGCAGCUGUUGGUGAACAGACAGCCUGUCGAUGCGAUCUGCAAGGUCGUUCAUUCAUCGCAGGUUGACAGGCUUGGAAGACAGUGGGUUACCAAGUUCAAGGAGCAUGUCGAUCGUCAACAUUUUGAGGUCGUCAUUCAAGCUACAGCAGGUAAUCGCAUCGUAGCGCGGGAAACCAUCAAGCCUUUCCGUAAGGAUGUUCUUGCAAAGUUGCAUGCUGCCGAUGUCUCGAGAAGAAGGAAGCUACUAGAGAAGCAAAAGGAGGGUAGGAAGAGGUUACGUGCUGUGGGUAAUGUCAUUAUCGAUCAGUCGGCUUUCCAGAGCUUCAUGUCGAGAUGA